GGAGGGGUUUGGAACGUCGCUUGUUCUCCCUCCUGUAACCGUCACUGGAGGCGGUUGGUUCUCGUGGCCGUUGUAGCUUCCUUCGUCCGUCCCAGGCGAGACGUCUCGCUGCUCGGCGGAGACCUUCGGGCUCAACUACACGGGGAGGCGGCUGCGGCCAGGGUUGUUUGAAAAAUGCCCAGGAGAAAGUUUGCCGACGAAGAAGUUGUAAUGGGCCGGUGGCCUGGAAGUGUCCUGUAUUAUGAAGUACAAGUAACUAGCUAUGAUGACCGCACUCAUCUUUAUACCGUGAAAUACAAAGAUGGAACUGAACUUCAGCUGAAAGAAAGUGAUAUGAGGUCGGUGUCAUCUUUUCGAUUUAGAAAAAACAGCUCUUCCUCAGGUUCUCCAUCGAGACGCAGCGGUAGCAGAUCUAGAUCAGGCUCUAGAUCUCGUUCACCUGGUCGGCCAGCAAAACACAGACGUCGUUCUUCCUCUCAAAGCAGAGAGCCAAAAAAUGAAAAAAAUAUGAUUGGGGAACCUAAUUUGAUUCCUUUGAAACUACAUGAAAACAAUACCAACCGAUAUAAUGGGGAACCAGAUAUCACAGAAGUGAAUUCUUCUUCUCAAAGCAUUUUAGAGCGCCAAAGAAUUGAGUCAGAGCGAGCGAGAGAGCGCAUUCUGGAACGUUACAGCUUGCAUCCAAGAAAGGAGGAGAAGAGAACCGAAGAGAAGUAUUCAGAAGAGAGAAUUUUUGAGACACCAAAAACUGUUGGAAAAGUAUGCCUGAAGACAAAGGAACUAGAGUUUGGAGGAAAAAUUGGUGCCUUCUUCAUGAUAUUUCUCCUUCCUGGAACUGUAUUUUACUUGCUGUUAAUGUGCACACAGAAAGACCCUAGUGUUAUGAAUUUUCCUCCUCCUUUCCCAACUUUUGAAAGUUUAUGGGAGACAAGAGUUUUUGGCGUCUUUCUUCUUUGGUUCUUUCUCCAAGCCCUGUUUUACUUACUGCCCAUAGGAAAGGUUGUAGAAGGCACACCCCUUUUGAAUGGAAUUAAACUAGGGUACAGGCUAAAUGGAUUCUAUGCUUUUAUACUAACAGCUGCAGCUGUAGGAAUAUCUCUGUAUUUUGAAGUGGAGCUUUACUAUCUCUAUGACCAUUUCCUACAGUUUGCUGUCAGUGCUACAGUUUUUUCUGUAGUCUUCAGCAUUUAUCUCUAUGCACGUUCCCUGAAAGCAUCUGAGCAAGAAUUAUCAGCUGGGGGAAAUUCUGGGAACAUAAUUUAUGAUUUUUUAAUGGGACGUGAAUUAAAUCCUCGCAUUGGAAAUUUCGACCUGAAAUAUUUCUGUGAAUUGCGGCCGGGAUUAAUUGGCUGGGUUGUUAUUAACUUGGCAAUGCUCUUGACUGAGAUGAAAGUACAACAUCUGAAUUUGCCCUCUCUGUCGAUGAUUUUAGUUAAUAGUUUCCAGCUCCUCUAUGUCGUGGAUGGUCUUUGGAAUGAGGAAGCCAUUUUGACAACUAUGGACAUCAUCCAUGAAGGGUUUGGCUUUAUGCUAGUAUUUGGAGACUUGGUGUGGGUUCCCUUUCUUUACAGCUUACAAGCUUUCUAUUUAGUGAAUCAUCCUAAUGAGAUUUCUUGGCCUAUAGCUUCUGCAAUUGUGGCUUUGAAUAUACUUGGACAUUUCAUUUUCCGCAGUUCCAAUUCACAAAAAAACCUAUUCCGAAGAAAUCCAAAGGAUUCAAAAGUUGCUCAUUUGAAAGUUAUUCCUACUGCAACAGGAAAAAACCUUCUGGUCUCUGGCUGGUGGGGCUUAGUGCGUCAUCCUAACUAUUUAGGAGAUCUCAUCAUGGCUCUGGCUUGGUCCCUACCUUGUGGGUUCAAUCACAUUUUACCAUAUUUCUAUGUCAUAUAUUUUACUGUUUUGCUUAUUCAUCGAGAAGCCCGUGAUGAACAUCUGUGUAAGAAAAAAUAUGGCUUAGCAUGGGAAAAAUACUGUCAUCGUGUGCCAUAUCGCAUAUUUCCAUACAUCUAUUGAGCCUCUUCAGAUUGGUGAAUUAUACACAGCUUCCGCAGUUAAAUUUUCUUUGCCAUAAACAACAUACCUCAUACCGUUGCACUUGGUAUAUAUGUUAAUU